ACCGUAUCCCUUCAUUCAUUGUCAGCAGCAGCUUCCUGGAGCCAUUUUUCAGCUGCCGGCCGUAGCACCCGGGCUGCCGCCGCCGCCUCGCAAUCCGUUGCAUCGGCCGCCCCCGACGCUUCCAUCCCCCCUCGGGGCCCGAUAUCCGUGCGGCCGGGACCCUCCUCUCUCCAGAGCCCCGAUUAUUUUUGGCCCCCGGGGCCGGUGCGGUACCGAAAAAUAAAAAGAAAAGAGAGAGAAGGGGCUCGGAAGCGCCGGGCGGGGAGGAGAGAAGGAGGAGAGACUUGGAAACUCCGACUGCAAAUAAUAAAGAAAUUGAAAAAAUACAUUAAUAUAUCGUAGCAAUAAAAAGCAGGAGCGAGAGAUGAGAAGGGGGAUCCAGCCCGCCCUGGAGCAGUACCUGGUGACCGCCGGGGGUGGGGAGGGGGCGACUAUCGUCGCCGCCGCUGCUGCAGCCUCCAUGGACAAAAGGGCACUGCUAGCCAGCCCCGGCUUCCCCGCCGCCACCGCCGCCGCUGCUGCUGCCGCCGCCCCAGGCGCGUACAUCCAGAUCCUCACCACGAACACUUCCACCACCUCCUGUUCCUCCUCCCUCCAAAGCGGCGCCGUCGCCGCCGGCCCCAUCCUCCCCAGUGCCCCCGGCGCGGAGCAGACUGCCGGCAGCCUCCUCUACACCACGCCGCACGGACCCUCCAGCAGAGCCGGGCUGCUGCAGCAGGCACCAGCGCUAGGACACGGCGGCAGCGGCGGUGGCGGCCCUCCGGCCAAGCGAAGGCUGGAGCUGGGAGAAAGCGGUCAUCAGUACCUCUCGGAUGGUUUAAAAACCCCGAAGGGCAAAGGGAGAGCUGCACUUCGAAGCCCAGACAGUCCCAAAAACAUUUUUGAGCACCUGCUAUGUGUGAGACACUUCACUAGCCCCAGGAAAUGGGCUCCAAAAUCUCCCUCAGAAAAAACACGGUAUGAUACAUCCCUUGGUCUCCUCACCAAGAAGUUCAUUCAGCUGCUGAGCCAGUCGCCUGAUGGGGUCUUGGACUUGAACAAGGCGGCAGAGGUGCUGAAAGUGCAAAAGAGAAGGAUUUACGACAUCACCAACGUAUUGGAAGGCAUCCACCUGAUUAAGAAGAAGUCAAAAAACAACGUGCAAUGGAUGGGCUGCAGUCUGUCUGAGGAUGGGGGCAUGCUGGCCCAGUGUCAAGGCCUGUCAAAGGAAGUGACCGAGCUCAGUCAGGAAGAGAAGAAAUUAGAUGAACUGAUCCAAAGCUGCACCCUGGACCUCAAACUGUUAACCGAGGAUUCAGAGAAUCAAAGGUUAGCUUAUGUUACAUAUCAAGAUAUCCGAAAAAUUAGUGGCCUUAAAGACCAAACUGUCAUAGUUGUGAAAGCCCCUCCAGAAACAAGACUUGAAGUGCCUGACCCAUUAGAGAGCCUACAAAUACACUUGGCAAGUACCCAAGGACCCAUUGAGGUUUACUUAUGUCCCGAAGAGACUGAAACACACAGUCCAGUGAAAACAACCAACCAAGACCACAAUGGGAAUAUCCCUAAACCCACUUCCAAAGACUUGGCUUCAACCAACUCAGGACAUAGCGAUUGCUCAAUUUCUAUGGCAAACCUUUCUCCUCUGGCCUCCCCCACCAACCUUUUACAGCAGACUGAGGACCAAAUUCCUUCCAACCUAGAAGGACCAUUUGUGAACUUACUGCCUCCCCUGCUCCAAGAAGACUAUCUCCUAAGUCUCGGGGAGGAAGAAGGCAUCAGCGAUCUCUUUGAUGCUUAUGAUUUGGAAAAGCUCCCGCUGGUGGAAGACUUUAUGUGUAGUUGAUUAUGCUUUGUGAACUCCCCUUAUAAACCAAUAUUUUUUUAUUAUGGAACCAGAACACCUGUCAUGCAGUGUUGUCCCUUCCUACCUUCUUCCUCCAAGAUAGUAUCAUGAAGUAAACUACAAACUUCAGAACAAAGCUGACAUUUUAAUGAUUUUUGUUUUUUAAUAAAUUGUCUAAACGCACAGUUGCAGGCUCCCUUGGGAAAACCCUGCUUUUCCCCAGGCUCCAAAAUCUCCUGGAUGAGUCAGCAAGUGAGAAAAUGUGCAAUCAGGUGUCUCUUGCCCAUACUUUUCCUUCCUCCCACCCACCCUCCCUCCCAGAUUGGCUUGCCGUGCCUGACGGAUGGGCUGUAGAAUGGGGUCUGGCCACCUGGCCCACUGGAAUACAGCAAUCUUCCUUAAUAGCAUUUCAAGCCGUGCCUUCUCUGCAGAAUGCAUGUCUUUGGGGUCUGCUAAUAUGGAAUGGAACUGCAGGAACUGUAAACUUGAAGUCAUGCAAAAGUAUGAAAUGAAUUUCUUCAGUUCUUCUUAGGAAUAUUUAAAUUACUUACUGUCAUAAUUCAGUGUAAGCUAUGGACUGUGUGUCCCGCACUAGAAGGUCAAGGGAACCUCCACAGCCUUUUGGAUGAAGAACCUGUUUUCAAAUACUUGUUGCAGAUACAGAAGAAUAGUCAAGUUCUGCCACUCUAAGCUGUUGUGGAUUUCCCGUCUCCAUAAACCACUCCCACUCCCCUGCCCCCAACGUGUUUGUGAGUUUAAAGUUGAUUUUUAGCAAAUGCCUACUUAGGAGUUCUUUGUGGAUCGUUUUAGAGUUUUUAUUUUUUUAGCUGCCAUUUAAGCAUUCCUGUGGCACCCAGCACCAUUUCAAUUGUUUACUUUGAAGCAGUUUUUACUAAUUCAAAUUAUUUAAGCAGAGGUAGAGAACCUCUCUGAUCAGAGCAUGUAAACGUGUGAUCUAAGGUUUAUCAGCCUCUGCAAGAAGCAUUGCCCCAUCUGGCUUCCUUCCCUGGAGGGGGAGCUCGGAGCGAGUUGGUCUUGGAGCUCGCUGGCUCGGGUGGCCCAUUUGCAAGGAGAACCAGGUCAGAUGACGUAGCAAUCCCGAGGAGCAGCAGGUGCAGACCCCUCUGUCCUUGGGCUUCCCCGGGCCCUGCAACCCGGGAAAGGGCUCUCUUACACUGCACUCAGGGAGACCACUUCUCAGGAUGGGGUCAGAUGGAGAGGCCUCUAGGGAGAAAGACAUCCCAUUGUGUGAGUGGCAUCCUAUCAGUGGCAUUUACUCAAGCUGGUGAGAGCAGGGAGCUCCCACUUUGUGGGGGGCUGCCAUACCCCUGGCCAGAACCCCUGCCCCUUCCUCUAUGAAGGAAUAAGUUAAGUUGGACCAAGGGAAGUGCGGGCGUGGAAAAUGAAGUGAUAGAAUGACAGGGUGUUUCCCUGGUUUACUCUUCAGGGAUGGUGUCCCAAGUUGGAGGCUUCGUGUAAGCUGCAGAUCCCACCAGUUAUGUCCAAGAUAGGCUCUCCCAUUGGUCAGGGAAGAUGGCCAUUGCCCACCGGGAAUGUGACGUAGUACCUCAAAUCCAUUCCUUGGAUGCUAACGGGAAUGAGGGAGUCUUAUUAAAACGAACAGAAAUUGAAAUGCUGUGUGCCUGGCGCAGUGGUAGGCACAUAGUAGGCACUCGAUUCACAUGUGUAAUGGAACUGAGAAUAUCCCUUAGGAAAGAUACAAAACACAAAACCACAAACUCUAGAUAGAUUUCCACAAUAUGCAAAGUGGUGGUGGGGUCAAAACCAUGACACCAGCACUUUAAAUAAUUUGUGUAGGUAUGUAUGAGUGUGUGUUUGGGAAGAAAAACAAAGGUGCAGAUUACCCUUCUUUUCUUCUGCCUCCAUCCUUAGCCUCCUCCCCUCACACACACUGGACUUGGUACAAAUAUCAUGUGGUCCGAGAUGAAGCAUUGGGGUGGGGGGGGGGAGGGAGGGAGAGCUUUGUGUCAAGUGCCUACUGGAAAUGCACUGUGGGGUUUUUUCCUGUAUGGGAAACCAUUUAUGCCAAGCUUUUCCCCGUUUCCCAUAUUUAUCUCAUCUGGUUAGCUGCCUCUGCUUCCAGCUUUGUGUGAUUCUCUGCCAGCUGCACGGAGCUGACUUUUCCCCAAAGUCUGAAGACUGAGCUCGCCUGGCUAGGUUGUUCUGUGUUUUGUUGAAUUUCUCGUUAAACCUUUCAUAAUGUAAUGCCGUAUUUAUUUUUUUUAAUGAAAGGAAUACUAAUAAGUCUUAAAAGUUCCUUCACGCAUAAGAUAUCUCCAGUUAAUGGGCUUAACUGGUGCACAUUAAUUAAUUAAAUGUCCAUGCUGUAUUCUGUUUGUGUCAGUCCUUUUCUUUUUGAGACAGUAUCCGGCACACAAAGUGGGUUAGUUGUCCAGUAUUAGUGUUAACUUUAAGUCAAAAAGUAUGCCGGUUUCCUGGUACCAUUGAGUUGCUGCUAUUAAAGCUCACACAUGAAAUGGCUAAUAUAAAAGUUACAAGUGUGCGAAUUAUGACUGUGUGAGCCUUAGAAAAUAAACUGUAUAAAGGGCAACACAUGAGCUGUCAAACAGUGUUAAGGUAUGUGUUUAUAUGUACAGACUUGUGCAUAGCAAUGGUUCUAUUUAAGUUGGUAUGUAGUCUACUCACAUUUUCAUUAUCUAGCAAUUUUGUACAGAGAUAGCAAUUAAUUUGUAAACACUGCCAGAAUAUUUUCUAGCUGGUUUGUAAUUUUUUAAGAGUGUUAUAUUUUGGGUUUUGUUGUGGUUCUUGUUUCAUUUUUGUUUUGAGUGUAGAUCUGUAAAUAAAAUGGCAGUAUUUAAAGCUUUAGCUUUCAGGAAAAAGAAGGAAGAACUCGGCGUGUGCAUGACAACUCGUGUGUGUGUGAGAGCAGGGGUUUGAGGGAAGACGCCUUGAGGGGUGAGUCGGGUGGCAAUUGUCUGAUUGUGGGAAUUGCUUUUCCUCUGGGGUACAAGAUUUUGUCAAAAGGAAGUAUUUCUCCCCAAAUUGGGAGAAGGCAAACUACUAAUCAGUUUAGCUUUGUGUCGUAUGCUAGUUGGAAAAAGAAAAUGUGUAAUAUAAUGUAAAAAAAAAAAGCUUUUAUGAUGGAUUUUGUAAAUAGAUUUGUUACAGGGUAACCUGUUCUCUAGCUGUGAUCUUACCACUUCAAAUGGGUGUAAUUUGAAUAAAUUUUGUAUGGUAAAGGAUCAAUAAAAUGAUUUUUUUUAAGAGUUCA